AUGACGGGGGCCAGUGAAGGAAGUCUCAGUGCCCCUCCAGCUGUCCCCUCGCUCUCCACAUGGCUAGCUUGGGCUUGUCCGUGGGAGCCAGUGGAAGAAACUGUCAUCAAGGUUGAAGGAGAAGACACGGGGGCACUGGCCAUUCCAUCCCAGGAAGGCGUAAACUUCAAAGUUUUGACUGUGGACUACACUCAGGAGGAACAGGACACAUUGAACUCUGCUAUGAAGACCCUGGACAGAGAUGUGAUGCUGGAAAACCACAGGGAUCUGGUCUCUUGGGGAAUCCCAGAUGGUAAGGAUCAGUUAGAGAAGCAACAGGAAAACCAAGAGAGACUUUUGAAGGAAUUGGCAUUCACCCGAAGAAAAGCUACUGUUUAUGAGAAAAUCUGCAAAAAGAAGCCCUUUGAAUGUAAUCAGUGUGGGAAGACCUUCAGCUGGAGCUCUCACCUUGUGGCGCAUCAAAGAACUCAUACAGGAGAGAAACCUUAUGAAUGUAAUGAAUGUGGGAAAUCUUUUGGCCGGAGCUCUCACCUUGUUUCCCAUCAGAGAACACACACUGGAGAGAAACCUUACAGAUGUAACCAGUGCGGGAAGUCUUUCAGCCAGAGUUAUGUCCUGGUUGUGCAUCAAAGAACUCAUACGGGAGAGAAACCUUAUGAAUGCAAUCAAUGUGGGAAGUCUUUUAGGCAGAGCUAUAAACUCAUAGCACAUCAGAGAACCCAUACCGGUGAGAAACCCUAUGAAUGCAGUCAGUGUGGGAAGUCAUUCAUCCAGAGCUACAAACUCAUUGCACAUCAGCGAACGCACACAGGCGAAAAACCCUUUGAAUGUAAUCAGUGUGGGAAAUCCUUCAGCUGGAGCUCUCAGCUUGUUGCACACCAGAGAACUCAUACUGGGGAGAAACCCUAUGAGUGCAACGAAUGCGGGAAAUCCUUCAAUCGCAGUUCUCAUCUUGUUAUGCAUCAGCGAACUCAUACGGGAGAGAAACCCUACGAAUGCAAUCAGUGUGGGAAAUCCUUCAGCCAGAGUUACGUUCUUGUUGUACAUCAGAGAACUCACACGGGAGAAAAGCCCUACGAAUGCAAUCAGUGUGGGAAGUCUUUCAGGCAGAGCUCAUGCCUCACUCAACACCAGAGAACUCAUACUGGAGAGAAACCCUAUGAAUGUAAUCAGUGUGGUAAAACCUUCAGUUUGAGUGCCCGACUUAUUGUACACCAAAGAACUCAUACUGGAGAGAAACCCUUUACAUGUAAUCAGUGUGGGAAAGCUUUCAUCAAUAGCUCUAAACUUAUUAGGCAUCAGGCCACUCAUCCUGAAGACAAACCCUAUGACUGUAACUAG